CAGACUUGAACCUGGUCUCGGACCAGAACCACCAAAAAUAAUCAUCAAAUAAGUUAAAAUAAAACUUUGUCAUGUGGACACACCACAAAACUUAGGAAAACCCUCCAACUAAAAAUGUACAUGAAAAAAAACUGCUAUAAAACCAUCUGGCGUCUGUUUUUUCUGCAUUAAUCUAUCUAAACUCUUCAGUUCAACACAAAACUAGCAAAAGGUCAAUAAUUGUCAGAAUUUUAACCCCCAAGGAUUAUAGAUUUACACACCCUGGAGCCAAUCACAGUAGGUUUAUUGUGUUGUCUGUGUGUGAUUGGAUGAUUUUCUGUGUCUUACAGUGACAUAUGUAGGACCAGAAGGAUCCCAAAUACAUUAGUUUAUUGAACAUGUACAUUUAUCAUCAACUAAAAGCUGUCACAGACAUUAAGAAAAAAAAUCCCAUUUAAAUUAUGGAAAUUAUUCAGUAAUGUAUUGUAAAUAACAGAUUUAUUCAUAGAUGAAUCAGUAUGGAUGGAAAUGGAUUAAUGAUUAAUUUGAAGCAGAAACAGUGUUUUCUGCUGCACAUUUACACUGUGUCAAAGCAUCAAUGUGACGACCAAAGAAACGAGCCAAUCACCAUCCAGUAGCAUGUCAUGUGAUGGUUCAGAGCUCCACCCACUGCAGGCAGUGACACCUGAUGUCUUUACAGGUGAGACUCAGAUUGAUCCUGGAAACAGCUCAGCGGUGACGAACACAAACCCUUUUCUGUCCGACGUCCACAGCAGAAUGGAUCAGAGUGAGGACAGAGAGGAGGGAGCCCCUCCCUGGAAGACCACCCACAGACCCCCCACAGGACCUGGACCUGGAUCCGGACCUGGACCUGGACCUGGACCUGGACCUGGACCCAGCUGUGUGUCCAUGAAGAGUGAUGACUCCAUGUCUCUCCCUAUAUGUUUUAAAACAGGAUGUGCUUCAGAGACUCAACCUGGACCUGCACCUGGAUCUGGACCCAGCUGUGUGUCCAUGAAGAGCGAUAACUCCAUGGAUCCCCCACUGCUUUUUAAAAGAGGACAUGUUUGUGAGCCUCAGUGAAUCAAUGCUGUAGAAGAUGACGGUGUUUCCAC